AUGUUUUCCGACAAUGAAGUGCAGGAUUUAAGAAAACGCAAUUAUAAUAAAAUCAAAGAAUUAAUAAGAAUUUCUUUGGGCUUGGGUGUUAAUUUAACAAGUUCUUCUAUUAUCAAGGAUUCUCUGAAAAUAAUAAAUUUGCUUUUAGUAAUUUGCAGUGCUGUUUCCAUGUAUGGACACUGGUGUUAUACAAGACGUUACUUUGAUGAUAUCUCUAAAAUAGCUGAGAGUAUCUGCACUGGCUUACAAACAAUUAUUUCGAUGAUAAAGAUGAUUUACUUUCUAUUUAUACAACGAAAGUUAUACGUUCUUCUUGAUCAGGCACAAACUCAUGAAAUUAUAAGAAAAUCUGAAAUCUUUCAAAAAGAUAAAGAUUUUCCCAUUUCGGGAAAGCUUAAGAAGAUUAUACACAACAUUAUGGAAUUGAGUUGGAAGAAUAUUCGGCAUCAAUUAAUAUUUUAUAUAUGCUGCUGUGCGGGAAUAAUUAGCAAUUAUUUCUUUUCAGCUUUAUUUGUAAAUUUAUAUCAUCAAAUAAAAAGGACUCCCAAUUAUAAACAUGUAUUACCUUACCCCUCAGUUUAUCCAAUAUGGGAGAGUAAAGGAAUGUCUUUUCCAUACUAUCAUUUGCAAAUGUUUCUUAAUGGAUGUGCCACUUAUAUUGCCGGAAUGUGUGCAGUUAGUUUCGAUGGCGUUUUUAUAGUCUUGUGUGUACAUGGUGUCGGACUAAUACAAGUGCUGAUUGUGAUGAUUGAAAAAUCCACUUCACCAGAUGUACCUAAAAAGAAACGUGUGGAAUAUUUGCGUCAAUGCAUUUUUCAAUGCCAACGUACUUUCGACUAUUUACAGAGUAUAAGUGAAAUUUAUAAACAAAUCAGUUUAUCACAAUUUCUACUGAGCUUGAUUACAUGGGGCAUAGUCCUUUUUCAAAUGAGUGUUGGAUUGGAAUCAGAUAAAAUUACUCUAGUGCGCAUGGUAUUGUAUCUUUCUGCAGCUGGUUAUGAAAUCGUCCUUUACUGUUACAAUAGUCAACGUUUGACUACUGAGUGUGAAAAGAUUCCUUUGGCUUUAUACAGCUGUGAGUGGUACAACGAGUCCGCAGAAUUUAAACAACUUAUACAUUUUAUGAUUCUUCGCACGAAUCGUGUUUUUAGUCUAAAUAUUUCCUGGUUUAUGACCAUGUCUUUACCAACUCUUUUAGUAAUGACUAAAACUAGUGGAUCAUAUUUCCUAUUAUUGAAAAAUUUAGCGGAAUAA